UCACGCUCUGUCUCUUUCUCUCAAAUAUAAAUAAACGUUAAAGAAUUUUUUUCAAUUGGGGGUGAUUGCAACCCCUUCAUCCAUCCCUACCUGCUACCCUCUUCCGAGGCCUUUUUCCAAAAUCCUUUUUUCAUUUACGUGAUCUAUUUACAGACAGUCACAGCCAGUGCUUUUCCUUAUCACCGAGGGAUCGAGAUAUGCGGAGGUUUCUCUCCGUUCCUGUCCUUUUCUGUCUUACCUCGAACUGCUUAUCCUCGCUAGCGUUCCACGAUAGUGCCUAUUAAAAUGCAAUAAGAACAAAAACAAGAACAAAACUUCCAUGUACGCUCUGGUACAGCAGUCUUGCGGCUGGAACAAUCUGGGUGGGGGUUGGGAGGAGGGCGUAUUUCGGUUAACUCCCCUCCGCCGCGCGGAUUCCAGCGCAUGCGCUCUCCAGUAGGACCCAGCUCCCCACGGGCGCCCUAUAAUUGGGGAGGCCCGGCCCGCCUGGGGUGUUCGGGGAGCGGCCCUCCCGCGACAGGGGGCGUGAGCGGGGCGGGGCCGGAACGUCUUUCUUCUGAGCCGCGCCCCGGGCGGGUACAGUCCGCCAGCCGCUCCGACCAUGGCCGCAGCCGCCCUGGGGCAGAUUUGGGCCCGAAAACUCCUCCCUGUCUCUUGGCUUCUGUGUGGCCCCAGAAGAUAUGCCUCAUCCAACUUCAAGGCUGCGGACCUGAAGCUGGAAAUGACGCAGGAGCCUCAUAAGAAGCCUGACCCCAGCAAGCCCUUGGUGUUUGGGAAGAAUUUCACUGACCACAUGCUGAUGGUGGAGUGGACCGAGGAGAAGGGCUGGGGCCAGCCCCGCAUCCAGCCCUUCCAGAACCUCAUACUGCACCCAGCCUGCUCCGGCCUCCACUACUCGCUACAGCUCUUUGAGGGCAUGAAGGCGUUCAAAGGCAGCGACCAGCAGGUGCGCCUCUUCAGACCCUGGCUCAACAUGGACCGGAUGCUGCGCUCGGCCCUGCGCCUGUGCCUGCCGGGUUUUGACAAGGUGGAGUUGCUGGAGUGUAUCCGGCGGCUGGUGGAAGUGGACAAAGACUGGGUUCCCGAUAGCGCCAACGCGAGCCUCUAUGUGAGGCCUGUGAUCAUUGGAAACGAGCCCUCGCUGGGUGUCUCCCGGCCCUCGAAAGCCCUCCUGUUUGUCAUUCUCUGCCCUGUGGGCGCGUACUUCCCCGGAGAUGCCAUGGACCCGGUCUCCCUCCUAGCCGACCCGACAUUCAUCCGAGCCUGGGUGGGUGGGGUCGGUGACUACAAGGUCGGGGGGAAUUACGGGCCCACCGUGUUGGUGCAGGAGGAGGCCAGAAAGAGGGGCUGCGAACAGGUGCUCUGGCUGUACGGGCCUGACCACCAGCUCACCGAGGUGGGCACCAUGAACAUCUUCAUCUACUGGACCUACGAGGAUGGGGUGCUGGAACUGGUGACCCCCUUGCUGGACGGUAUCAUCCUGCCCGGAGUGGUCAGACAGAGUCUGCUGGACCUGGCCAGGACCUGGGGUGAGUUCCGGGUCGCCGAGCGGAAGAUCACCAUGAAGGAGCUGCUGCGGGCGCUGGAAGAGGGUCGCGUCCGGGAAGUCUUUGGCUCGGGCACUGCUUGCCAGGUCUGCCCAGUACACCAAAUCCUGUACCAAGGCAAGCAUUUACACAUUCCCACCAUGGAAAAUGGGCCUGAGCUCAUCCACCGCUUCCUGAAGGAGCUGAGGGCGAUCCAGUACGGAACAGGAGCCCACGAGUGGAUGCUCCCGGUGUGACGCUACAGACGCCGCCCUACCUCUCCUCGGACCCACUGACCCCUAACAUCCAGACCCCCCCCUCCCCCCGAAUGUCGCCUCCCUACCAGUGACUCACCUGAAGUGCAAUAUAAAAUAAAAGGGCAGGGGAGCCGGGACGCCUGGGUCUCUGGCGCCCCCACGUGGUCGCUACUCUCCCAAAGCCAUAUGGGCCCUUCCCAGGCGUCUGGGCCCCAGCCCCGCCUCUCAGGCCUUGGGGCGGGGAUCUGGACUCCCAGCUGCUCCGUUUCGUGGGGUCAGGGAUGCACUUUGGCCCCCAACUCCGCAUCUCUCCGUUCUCAGGCCGGAUCUCCCGGUGCCGCCGUUGAUUUUUUUUUUUCUCUCGCUGCAAUUUUGAAAUAAAAUGCCAAAGAACAAAA